AUGGAUGAAACCGGAGUCAUGUUGAGUGGCCCCCGUUCGCUGAAGGUUUUGGUAGGGAAGGACUAUAGUGGCUCAAGAGGCGUAAGAGUUAAUCGGGAGGCCAUCACAGCCAUUGAAUGUAUUUCGGCAGAUGGCCGGUCACUCCCUCCAUUGAUCAUCUGGCCAGCUGCCACCCAUCGUAGCUCGUGGACUACACAUCCGACUCCUGAUUGGCAUUUCGCAUGUUCCAAAUCUGGCUACACCGAUAGUGUGAUCAGUCUCUAUUGGAUCAAGCAUGUUUUUGACCCUCACACCAAAGCACUGGCUGGGAAUAAGCCGCGGCUUCUCAUUAGCGAUGGAUUCGGCACGCAUGAAUCUCUUGAGAUUAUGGAGUUCUGUCUCCUCAAUCGAAUAAUUCUCUGUCGACUGCCAUCACAUACAUCGCACAAACUUCAGCCCUGCGACGUUGGCGUUUUCUCGUCACUGAAGACUGCGUACCGCGAACAUGCCGAGUCAUUGGAGCGGUGUGGGGCUAACACAAUUGGGAAGCAGCAUUUUACGUAUCUGUACAGCCGUGCCCGCAGCCAGGCGUUCAAUUGUCGGAAUAUUCUCUCGGGAUGGUCCAAAACUGGACUGCGACCCUUCAAUCCCGAGAGGGUCCUUAGAGACAUCCAAAAACCUCCAGCCGGAGAUGUACAAUUACAGACUUCUGACACUCUCCUGGCUGUUGCAAAUGACUUGCCUGACACACCAGUCAGUCCCCGAAAGCUGGCCCUACUACGUAGCGAAGUUGAAAAGGAUGCGCAUCCAAUGGAUGAAGGCUGUAAGCUUCGUCUUCAGAAGAUAUUAAAUGCGACGGAAAGAGCAUUUGCGGAGCGUUCGCUUCUUCGGCAGCAGAACCACGACUUGUUUGAGCAAAAUACCGAGAAGAAAAGUCGACAGCGUACAAAUUCGACGGUGGUAGGGAAGGCUAAGAUCAUGACGUUUGAGGACAUUGCAGUGGCAAAAAGGAAACGUGAAGAAAAAGAAGCCGCGCGAGAAGCAAAGAGGAAGAAACGGGCCGAACCGAGUGAAAUUAGUCACACCCUGCCACAUGCAGAGGGAAAUUGUCGCCAAGAACCGUUGAGGGGUAUAGAAGAUUAUUGCUCCGUUCUCCAAUUUUGA